AUGGCGGCCCUCGCCUUCAAGGCUCUUAGCUACGGCGCAGAGCAGAUUCCCGACAAGUUUUUUCACAAGAUCCCAGGCGGUUACUUCACCCCACAAGAAGAGAAAAACGCUGGAAAGGACCGCAAAGACCGUCAGAAAAACGAGACCAGACAACGAUACAGGAGCGAAGACCACUCGAGCGCACGCCGCUCACGAAGAGACCUCAGCCCAUCCGACCAGUCUGCCGAAGAAUACAAUUACGACCGUGAUCACGAGCCAAGAAAGCAAGAACGACGACGUGCAAGGAGUGCUGGAAGAAGUUCUAGCAGAAGUCCAAGUCGAGGCCGACGUCAUAAGCACAGCAGUGACCUUGACGGCUCACGUAGCGAAUCGCAAGAAAUCAUGGCCCAGCCCGACCAAAGACAGCCCUAUUUUCCUCCUCCGCCAACAUCCGAAUACAAGCCCUACGAGCCCCAGCAGUAUGCUCCCGGCCCGGUGCCUGGCCAAGAACGCCAGCCAUCGGCAACGCCUACAUACGGAUACUCGCCCCAGGUAAAUAAUUUUUCCUCUUUUCGACGUGCGACACUUGCGACGAUGCCCGAGCAUUCGAUACCGGCGGACACGAGUCGGCCGAUGUCGAAGAGCCGGACCACAUCGACGCCGUCAAGUCCCUUGAUGUCUAAACCUCGUUUCCUUGACAAUAUUUCUCGUGCUUCUCCACUUUCUGCUUCCUUUACCCCGUCAUAUGAGCCGCCUCUCGCAGCCUUGCUUCAGCGUCCACUCACUAAUCCCCAGAAGCCAGCACCAUCCUCAACCCGAGGCGUCGAUUCAGACUACACGCAGCAGGAUGCCCAUCGAAGCCACUCUCGAUACGCUCCCAAUGGUGCAUAUAAUGCUGCACCAAUGAGUGAUGCUUCUAUUCCUCCGCCACCAGUUGGUUCAAACUCGCCCUUGAACCCCUACCAUCAUACUGAGUUCGCGGGAUAUCAACCAUCGCCACCGCCAUUCAGCCGUCAAAGAUCGAACUCUCAGCCUGGUUACAGCCCCACGCCCAACCCACCGUAUCCAGCUUAUGCUCCUCAUGUUGCGCGCGAAGACGUCGUCCAAUAUGCCCCGCCUCCUGUAGACCCCUACCGCAGCCACCGGCACCGUGGCGAACAUGGGCAUAGGAAUCGAGCCAGGUCUGCCGACUCCCACUCCCGUCGAUCCCAUUCUAGCAAGGACCAUGGUCGAGAAGAUUCACGCAUGGCUAAAGUGCGUGGUAGAUUCGACAGUAUGGACCUUCGCGAGAAAGGGCUGGCGGCGUCAGUGGGAGGUGCCAGGAGUCGAAGCGACCGCCGUUCUGCAUCCCGUUCUCGCUCCCGCUCGCGCACUCGCCCACAUGACCGGGAGGACCGCAGCAGCAAAGCCCCUGGUCUGCGCGCUAGAAGCCGCAGUAUUAUCGACCGGCUUCGCUCCAAAUCUCGCGGUCCUACUACCGAACAUCGCGACGAGUAUCAGCGCAGAGAGGAGCGUAGCAGGGGAGACGAGCGUUCCAGAGACGAUAAUAGGCGCGAUCGCCGCCCUGAUCGUGGAUACGACUAUGGUCGUGAUGACGAGUACGAGGAUGAUUACGACUAUUUUAGCAGCGAUGAGGAGGGUAAUGGGUCGCCGGUUAAGACGAGGAGGCAUCGGAGGAGGGACUAUUAA